UUCCUUAGUUCAGCCAAAAAAACAUCUUCUAAACAAACUUCAUGCUCGGAAAUACCAUAAAUAAAACGCUACACAAAAAAAUACAGCAGAAUUCGUCAAAUUCACUUGACAAUAUUUGUCAAACAAGAAUUUUGCAAUGAUUUUUUAAUUCGUUUUCCAAUAACAAUUUCAAAAUGCAUACAGUUGGCUUGCCGCGCACGUGUUUAGGAUUCACGAAUAUAUUUUUCUUUUUGAUCGGAUUCAUUGGUGCCGUGAUCUGCGUAUGGUGUGUCAUCAACACGCAGUUCUUUCAAGACGUGAACUAUACGAUCACAAAGAGUUCCCAUGUGAACAGUAUAGCGGAAUUCGUCAAUUUAAAGCUAUGGGUGACCCCAAUGACUACGGUGCUCAUCAUCCUAGCUGCCUUGACAAUGAUGACGUCCUGUUGCGGAAUCCUUGGCGCAGGCUGCAAAGUCAAAUGCGCGAUCAAAUCGUACAUUUUCCUCGUAACCACCAUCUCCUCAAUCGCAUUCUGGCUCUUCUUCAUAUCAGGAGUCUACAACAUUUACACGAAGAACGAAAAGACUCGGCAUUAUUUAGAAAGGACCAUCCAAACGAACUACGGGAAAGAGAACGACUUUAUUACUUACUUCUGGGACUACAUCAUGAUGAAUUACGAAUGCUGUGGCGUUAACAGUUACAGAGAUUUCGCGAAUUCGAACUGGCAGAAGAAUAGCAGAAAGUUGUACCCUGUCGAGUGUUGUAAAUUGGAAAAUCGAACCGCACUUUUGCCUGUUUCUAAAGACUGCACGUUGAGGGUCGGUCCGGAUAUCGAGGGGUUCACAGAAACCGGUUGUUUUGACGUUCUGGGCAAAGCGUUGGGAAGAAACAAGGGGAAGAUGAUAUUCUACGUUAUUUUAUUGGCUGUUUCCUAUACUAUUUUGAUUCUGUUCGCGUAUUGCAUUAUCAGAGGUGAGCCGUUGCUCGGUGCGAUGGCUGGCGAAUUCUCGUUUCUACCUUCGAAGGUGCACCAGAAUCCGACCCCAAUGGUUCCUGAGCAGUACGUUGAACAGUAUGCGAAACCAAAUGCUCCUUAUGUAGAAGAACCCCCUAAGAAGAUCGUGAGAGUAGUGUCGGCCGUGAAUCCUUUUCAAUCGUAUAAGUUUACACCAAACGCGUACGCAGGUGACGGAUACCCUCAUCAAAUGUAAUCAAUAAACUAUUAAUUCAAA